AUGUUUGACGGUCAAAUAGGGGCACUCGAGAUCGGCAUCAUAGUCUCCAUAUUCCUCUUUGGCGUCACGACAGCGCAAACCUUUCUUUACUAUCAGUUGUUCCCGCUCGACUCCAAAUGGAUGAAACGCUUGGUGUGGGCCGUCUGGCUGAUUGAGCUUGGACAUUCUAUUUCAGCCCUCCACGCGCUCUAUUUCUACACAGUUCUGCAGUUCGGUAAUCAAGCAGUUGGGACGAUGAAAGUGCCUUUGUCGAUUGCACUAAAUCUCAUCAUCUCCGAAGUUGUUUUCGUACUCGUUCAAGGUUAUUAUAUUACGCGAAUCUACCGAUUCUCUCGAACAUGGUACAUCUCGGGUCUCUGCGUUAUCCUGUUGGUUGUGCGAUUCGUCGGAACGGUGGUCGCAACUGUAGAGGCCACAAUAAUGACUUCCUUGGAUCAAUAUACAACGGACUGGGAAUGGGACUUGGUCGGUAUCCUGUCCGUUGGGGCUUUUACAGACCUUGCCAUUCCGUGUGUAUUGGUUUACUACCUCGCUAUGAAGAGGUCCUCAGCCUAUGACACAACGCUUGCCAUCGUCGAUAAGCUCAUACUUUGGACAAUAGAGACCGGUUUAUUGACAGGCCUAUUAGCCGUUUUGAUCCUAAUAUUCUUCAAAACGUUACCCGGCAGAUUCGCUUGGAUGGCGGUCUAUAUGAAUCUACCAAAGAUGUUUUCCAACUCUUUCCUAGCCAACCUUAACUCUCGAUUCAAACUGCGGGCCAUGAAUGAAAAGGUUGACGUAGUCGAUAUGUCCGCCGAUGCAACACUGGACCGAAAUACGAUACAUUUUCCCCAUCGGCUGGGAGCACGGGUCAACAUCACAUCUCAACAGACAAAAACUGUGGAUGACGGGAUGCCACCCGUUCAAUAUACUAGUAACGAUCCGUUCAAAAUAGAGAUGCAAAACAGGAAUUCAAGUGAUGACGCUGACGCUGAAGAUGGAACACAAUCGACGAGCUCGAGGGACCGUAAAGCUCCGGUUAUUGAUAUCACUAUCUGA